AUGGAUGCUUACAGCGGACAAAGCCAGGAGUUAGCUACAGAUUUGGAGAAGCAGCCACUCCCACCCACCUCCAGCUAUGACAAGUACUUCAAGCUGUCACUGUCGGGCAAGGAGCUGACCUUCACCAUACCCGACGUGAAAACACCUGUAAUGGCGGACAGUAUAGCCGAGUAUGAUCUCUACCAGGACCUCACGGAUGACAGGCUUUUCUCCAUCAAUAUCAGCCACAAGUUUGACCAUCGAGUGGUGAACUUCACUGUGAAAGGAAAGGAGCUGGAAAAAACAAAUACGAUUGAGAUAUUAAAGGCUCCUAAUGCCACAUACGAUGUUGGGCCCAAUAUGAAGAUUGUCAUUGCCAUAGAUGUCAUCACGAACCCAAACUGGCAGCACCAGAUUAGCUACAAAUGGUUCUGGUACUUGCCAGUUACCACGGCGACCGGUGACCAGAUUAUAGAGAAGCAGCCACUCCCACCCACCUCCAGCUAUGAAAAGUACUUCAAGCUGUCACUGUCGGGCAAGGAGCUGACCUUCACCAUACCCGACGUGAAAACACCUGUAAAGGCGGACAAUACGGCCGAGUAUGAUCUCUACCAGGACCUCACGGAUGACAGGCUCUUCUCCAUCAAUAUCAGCCACAAGUUUGACUAUCGAGUGGUGAACUUCACUGUAAAAGGAAAGGAGCUGGAAAAAACAAAGGCGUCAACAUCCCAAGCACAUGUGUACAUCGGCAUUGGACUCGGUGCAGUUGUAUUAGUUGUCACUGCAGCAGUUAUUAUCUUCAAAAUACAGAAGGAAGAGGGAAUCAAACACGGAGAGAGAGUAUUCAGAUGGGCAGCGAUUUUGUACGCUUUGCAGACCAUGAUGUAUAUAAUUCGAGUGAUUUUGUUGACGAAGAGAAUGUCACAAAAACGAACCUUCAAUCUAACGACCCGCAAUCAAGGAAGCCACUAG